AUUAAGUUUAAAAUCACUAUCAAUGAUGACGCCAAGGCUGGUGGCUGUGGGACUGACAUGGUUUUUCAUGGGACCCAAGUCCAAGUGGGGGUCAUUAUUAUUAAGGAUGAUAACUUCUGUCUUCCCCUCAUUGAGCUUUAAAAAAUUUUGAGCCAACCAGACCUUGACGUCACUUAAGCACUCAAGAAGGGGAGUCAGGGGGGCAUGGUCAUUUCUUGUAAUCGGUAAGUAGAUCUGGCAGUCCUCUGCAUAAAAGUGAUAGGAGAUGCCAUGCUUUCUAAAAAUUGUGCUAAGUGGGAUUAGGUACAGAACAAAUAGGAUGGGCCCCAGGAUUGAUCCUAGGGGCAUCCAGGAUCAAUCCUGAUCCUGAUCCUUUUGCCCACUUUCCGCAGUGCACUUUUUGUUAGUUAUUCUGGCACCGUUGUUUUUUCGUUCUUGUAUUUCUGAGUCAUUACAGAAAUGUUUGCACUUACAGUACCUCUGUCCACACUGCAUCUUGGGAUCCAACGUCGCUGUGCUUAACAGACCCUUCCAUUCACCUUCCAAUACAUCAUUGCCGAUAUGCCAAAGUACAAGCAAACAACUAAAGAAGCAGAAAAUGAGUACAAUAAGUACUUGAGAGUGUGUAGGAAAGAACAUUAUAGUAAGUUAUUGGACAAUAACAGAAAUAACAUUAGUGCAACCCGGGCCAUCCUAAAUAGUGUCAUCAAGAAUGAUUCUAUGUCAAGGCAAACUUUUAUGCUGGCUUCAAAAGAGACAAGAGACAAGACAAGUUCUAGAGGUACAAUUUAAUAAAAUUUGCAUGCAAGGAGACAAAUCAAUACAAUUCAAAAUAAACUACUUGAGGACAGUCUGUAUUGAUACAAAGCUAACAUUUCAACCUCGAUGGAUCCAACUGAAAUAACUGAGGAAAUUGCCAACACAAAGCAACAUUUGUUCUGGACCAAAAAUCCCUCCGUAUUCUCUGUUAUUCUCUGGUGUUAUUCCGUCGACACAAUAUUGCCAUUUAAUCGACACUAAAAUGCUAAAAGUUGUAUAAUUCUAAAUCAAAAUAGUCCUAUACUGUGUCUUAACAAAACAAAAUUCCAUCCUUUAUCUGCCCCGUUGCGUCAUAGCAAAGCUACAAGUCAACAAUGCGCACGCGCGUAGCGGCAGCCAUCUUGAAAAAAUAUAUAUGCGUUUCCGGGUAGCCUUUAGGAAUGCACUCGAUGGAUAAUUGUUAAAAAUAUUAGUGUAAACGUCACGUGACAGCGAGAAGCUGGUUUAUUUAUGCUAGGAUAAACUGGUUUCAAUGAACUUUGAGACAGAGUACGAGGAGGAACUUUCUCGAACAAAAGAGAACGAGCGACAACGCCAACUACUGGACGCUGUUUUCUAGAAGUUGAGUUACACAGCAGACGUCAGUGAAGAACAUCUUUCCCCUGAGCAACAGGAGUGGAACUCCAGGAUGGAGCAGGAGGAGCCACAGCUCCCCCACAUUAAAGAGGAAGAGCCACAUCACCCCCUCAUUAAAGAGGAAGAGGAGGAGCCACAUCACCCCCUCAUUAAAGAGGAAGAGGAGGAGCCACAGCACCCCCACAUUAAAGAGGAAGAGGACGAUCACAGCAUCAGUCAGGAGGGAGAGCAUCUUGAAGGACUGGAGGAGUUCCCAGUGAUUGGUGUCACUGUCAAGAGUGAAGAUGAUGACGGUGAAAGUGAGGAAGAGAGAGAGGUGGAGCCUCCAAGCAGCAGCUCAACUCAACACAUGACAACAGAAGCUGAUGGAGACCACUGUGGAGGAUCACAAGCACACAACCUCUUAGCUCCACUAUCAGAUAGUGACGACACAACGUCACACUCUCCUGACACUGAUGAUGAAGACUCUGAAGCUGAUAUGACAUGUCACACUGACAACACACGCUGGAAAUGCUCUCAAUGUGACAAAACUUUUGUUAAGAAGGGAAAUCUGAAAAUACACAUGAAACUUCACACAGGAGAGAAACCUUUCAUCUGCUCAGUUUGUGGUGAAAGAUUCUCUCAGCAGUCAAAUUUGACCGUACAUACAAGAAUACACACUGGGGAGAAACCUUUUCAUUGCAGCAUUUGUGGGCAAAGUUUCUCUCAAAAAGCUGUUCUAAAAAGACACAUAAGAAUACACACUGGGGAGAAACCGUUUCCUUGCACGGUUUGUGGUAAAAGUUUCUCUCAAAAAUGUCUUUUAAAAAGACACACAAGAAUACACACCGGGGAGAAACCUUUUCCUUGCAUGGUUUGCGGUAAAAGAUUUAAUGGAAAAUGUGAUUUAAAUAGACACACGGUAAUGCACACUGGAGAGAAAGCUUUUCCUUGCACGGUGUGUGGGAGAAGAUUCAAUCGAAAAGGUAAUUUAAAUACACACGCCAGCAUACACACUGGAAACAAACUUUUUCCUUGCACGGUGUGUGAUAAAAGAUUUCAUCGAAAAAGUCAUUUAAAAACACACACAAGAACACACACUGGAGAGAAACCUUUUUCCUGUGCAGUCUGUGGUAAACGUUUCUCUGUUAAGAAAUCUUUUAUAAGACACCAGAACACACACAUUGGAAGUGUUCUUGAAAGAACUCAUGCAGCUGGAUUGCAGAGAACACAAUCAGGGAAGUACGACGGUAUUACUCUUUAAAUAAAUAAAAAACUAAAGUCGUAUAAAACUGACUUUUCGUGUUGCUAACUGACAUUAUUAGUUAGUUAGUUAGUUAGUUUCAUGAUGCAAUUGGAAAAAAAUGCAAGCUUAAGUGGUACGGACAUGUUUGCAGCACAUCAGGCAUUGCAAAAACUAUCCUGCAAGGAACAGUCCAAGGAAGCCGCAGAGGAGGAAGACAGACAUCCACCAGCUCCAUGGUGUCAUCAUGGAGGCCUUUUUGUUUUCAAAUGUCUUACUUGAAUGACAUUAUACAGUAGUCAAUCAGCUUGGAAACUUAAUGGAAGAUGUGGUGUGAUGUACUGCCCUCUGCAGCCCACACACUGAAUCGCAGCUCAGAACUAAACAAUACUCCCGUCGCCACAAUAAUAACAAAAUAAUGUAAACGACACUAAAAUGAUAUAAGUUAUAUAAUAUAAAAAUCAAAAUAGUCUUAUACUGUGUUUUAACAAAACAAUUCUUAACCUGCCCAAUACACUACAAAAGC